AUGUCUGCGUCAUCCUCUUCUGCCAAUUCCACACUCCGAAAGUUUUUUCAAUUUGAAGUGCUGGGCAUGCUCGAAUCGGUCUUUAAACAAAAGACUGGAUGUCCUCGUCAAUCACUCAUCGUACCAAAAGCAAGAGGAAGAUUAGCAUUAAAGUUUGGAGGAUUUACAAAUAACACACAACAUUUUGUCGAAGGUUUAGAGGGUUUCUCUCAUAUAUGGUUGUUUUGGAUAUUCCAUCAAAAUAAUAAUUUAGCUGAGGAGACUACAAUCAUUACCAAUGAUCAUCAAAACAAUGAAGGAAAUAAUAAUGGAAUUUCAUCAUCGGAGGUCAUUAAAUUCAAAAUGAUGGAAAAGGCCAAAGUUCGGCCACCUAGACUUGAUGGUAAGAAAAUUGGAGCAUUGAGUUGUCGUUCGCCCUAUCGCCCGAAUCCAAUGGGAAUGAGUGUCGUUAAAUUGGACAAAAUUGAAAGAGAUGAAAAUAAUAAUGCAGUUUUACACUUGUCUGGAAUUGAUUUAGUCGACCAGACACCCAUCGUUGAUAUUAAACCUUACAUUCCAGAGUAUGAUAUGGUUUUACAGGAUCCAUUAUCAUUUCCAAUUUUGAAGGAUUUAGUGAUGACUUAUUCGGAUGAAAUUAAAAAACGAAAAUUAGAGAAUGAAAUCAAUAAGGACAAUGAUGAAGGAAAAGAACAGAACACUCUCUCGCCACCCUCCUCUUCCUCAUCAAGCGAGGAUUCUGUGGAUUCUGCACAGUGUGAAUUUUUUGCCAAAAUUGCCGAUUGGAUGGAAAAUAUGCCACGAAAACAACGAGAAAUCACAAACGUACAUUUUUCAGAAAAGUCUCUCCAAAUGAUUGACUCUCUGAUUAGAAAAUCCACCUUCUAUGAUAAGGUCGAAGAUGUGAAAGAAUUAUUUGAAGAUUUAAUCAAAUUGGAUCCAAGAAGUAAAUACAGAAGAGACAAGUGUCAGGAGGAACUUUUUGGAAUACAUGUGGAUGUAUUUAAUUUAUUGUGUCGAGUGAAAGACAAUGUUUGCACCAUUGAAGACAUUGAGGAUUGGAGUCAAGGAUGUCCUUAUUCGAAAGAAGAGUUAAAAGAAAGAACUCGCCAAGAACGAAAUGCUGUGAGAGAAAAGAAGAAGAAUUUACAAGAAAAUAAUCACAAGAAUGAGGAUUGUGACCUUUCUACAGAAUAA